GCGUCGCGUGCUGGGCGGUGCGGUGUGAAAUGUUUGCGUUGUGCGACGCCGCUUCUGUUGUUGUCGCGACGAUCAGCUGAACGCAUGAUUGCGCGUCCAGUUUGACAAGCAGGAGGGGAAGCCCUUUUGCCUCACAAACCUCCAAAUAACGCAGAGAGAGAGAGAGAGAGAGAGAGGCGUAGGCAGCCGUACCGUUUGACACGAGAUGGGAUGCGGAGCUCGCGCCACGCUGCUGUAAAGAGUCAAUGGUUUCGGCGUCACAGCUGUGUCAGGACCAGUGAAGUUCUAAAAUGUGACAAACUGAAGACGGGAGACAAAUGGGACUGUUCACAGACAUGGAAAGUUCAUCAGAAGCAUCUUAAGACAUUUUGCCUUCAACCAAAAGAAGAGACAAUGAUGAUUUUCACCAAGGCUGAUUGUAAAAUGGAGAGGAGACAUUCUACACACAACUCCAGCUCACAUAUAUGGCGGAAACACACUGACACUGUUUAAUUAUGUCUUUCUUUCGGUUAAGACAUCUGGUGUCUGUAAUUAUGGCGUAAUACAAUUAGCCUCACCAAAAGUGACAAUAAAGCAUUUUUCCUAUCAAAGGAAUGUUGAUGCAAUGAUGUUAAUCCAAUUGGUGCUCACAGAAGUAUUCCCACUGCAUCCGUGAAGCCUCCUCCUUACAUUCUAUGGAGGCGGAGGAAAGCCGGUCAGCUGAUGAGGAGCGGUCCAGUGGUCAGCAGCAGUCUGUGGUAGGAGCGCAGCUACCUUCAUUUCAGCAACAAGCUACCUCGCAAACUGUCCAUGGAUCACAUGGCCGCCAUCAACAUAGGCAGCCAAAACGCUUUGAAAUGCUCCAAAGGCAGAAGAAGCAGCAACAGUCACAGGCGAGUGGGUCAUCGUGGCAGCUUUCAGAUGUACCUGGUCCUUCAAAAGGCAGCUGUUCUGUCCCAGGAGAUCCAUCUCCUCAAAUUCUUAAUGUUCCACAAACUCAAUCUCUGCCCAGUCUGGAAGUACAGGAAGGUACCCCAUGUAGGCGAGAACGCAAACCCCAAAAGCCAGGAAAAUAUGUGUGCACGUACUGCGGCCGCCCUUGUGCAAAACCCAGUGUCCUCCAAAAACACAUCCGAUCACACACAGGAGAGAGACCUUAUCCCUGUGUCCCAUGCGGCUUCUCCUUCAAGACCAAAAGUAACCUGUAUAAACAUCGCAAAUCCCAUGCACAUCGAAUUAAAGCAGGCAUGGCCUCAAGUCGUGAGGAGCCCAGUUUUAGCGGGCCUGAGGGAGGGACCUUGGGAGAUGAGCAAGAAGGCACAGAAGGAGACAGUACAGGUUCAGAAGAUGAGAGCGGUCAACACCAACCAUCUACCUCACAGGGAAGGCCAACUCUGAAAAAAGGUUGCAAGGUAGAAUUGUCAUUCAUAGAGGAAGGUCCCCCUACUGAGGAUUCCCAGGCAGUCAAGCAAAGGCUUGCAAUGAGGCUAAGUGAGAGAAAGCGAUCUCCCAGGACAUCUUCAGAUGAAACUCGAUCCUCAUUGGGUCCUGGCAGUAAGGGCAGCACAGAAUCUGGCUAUUUUUCUCGGUCUGGAAGUGCAGAGCUGUCACAAGUUAGCCCACCAAAUGCUAGUGCUAAAACCUAUGCUGAGAUAAUUUUAGGAAAGUAUGGAAGACUAGGACAACAGCAGAGAAUUUCUCAGCAGCAACUGCAAUUAUCGUCAGGUCAACAUGAAAAAUCAAUCCCUUUCACUGUUCCCAAGACACAAGUCAUUGAGCAUAUAACAAAGUUAAUUACUAUAAAUGAAGCUGUAGUAGAUACAAGUGAAAUUGAUAGUGUCAAACCAAGACGUUCCUCACUUUCUAGAAGAAGUAGCAUUGAGUCUGUUAAAAUAUCUUCACCAAAAGAACAUUUUGUUUUUGAAUCAAAAGGGGACAUCCCAAGCUCUUGUGGUUCUGGUGCUCAACGUAUUUCUGGUAGCUUGGCAAGUAAAUUGUCAGGUUCAUAUUUGGUUGAAACAGAGACUAGUCAAAGUUCCAGUGCUGCUCUUUAUAGAAGUCAGUCAAUGCCAUCCUCUGGUGACACUUCAAAUAUUGCUUCACACAGCUUUCGUCUCAGUCAUUCUUUUGAUGAGCAGCAGGCAGUAGCAGCUGAAAUGAGGAUUGGGUCACACCAACGAAUGUUACGCCGACAACCUGCUAUUGAGGUGCCAGUUGGAACAGAACUUAAUUUAGAGGAUACAGGCUCUUCUUCCAGAUUGAAGGAAUCAGAUUUUGGAAAGAAGCAGGAAAAAGAACUACACCUAUAUGAGUGUGAAAUGUGUGGGACUCAUUUACAAAAGCAGGAAGCUUAUGCAGCACAUAGACUUGUAUGUAUGAGUAAGCAUCCACUGGGUCCUCAGAGUGAUGAAGGCAGUUCCUUUGAGAAUCAGCCACAAAUUAUGAGCUACAAAUUCAAAGCCAUGGCCAUGGCUGUGCGCAAGAGGAAAAAAAAGGAGGAGAGCCUUGAGGAAGAUCCUCCCAGUCCAGGUCCGACAGCUGUGUCUUUCAGCAGCCAGCCUUCAUCAAUGAUGUGCAGUAUUGAAAACCAGGGCACAUCUUGUGCCUUUUCACAAGGUGAGCUAGAACGGAGGAGUUCUUGGAAGGAGAUUUCUGUUAUCCAACAUACUAGAUCUUUUGAAAAACAGGAAAGCAUCUCUAUGGCAUAUCAGGAUGCAGAACUGGAACACAAGCAAUCACAUGAGCCAAAACCAGCCACUGCAUCCAGGUUAAUACGUCAGCCCAAUAUUCAAGUGCCAGAAAUCCUGGUUACAGAGGAGCCAGAUACUGAAAUGAUCUCGCAUACAGCGAGCACACACACCUCCAAAGAGCCAGAGAGAGUGGAAGAAUUCCAAUGGCCUCAGCGCAGCCAAAGUCUGGCUCAGCUUCCUGCAGAGAAACUACCACCAAAGAAAAAGCGUCUCCGUUUGGCUGAGGCAACUCAGUCAUCAGGUGAAUCUAGCUUUGAGUCGGUUUCUCUGCCACACAGCCCAAGCCAAGAGAGUAGCAUUUCCCAUGCAUCUAGUCGUUCUGCAUCCUUUGAGGAAACAGCAAGACCUGACUCUGAGAUGCACACUGGUACCUGGAGCUCACAAGGGUCUCACAUGCUUACUGUUCCACAAAGUCAUCACCAACAACAUCAUUCUCAUAAGGAAAUGCGUCGCUCAGCCUCUGAACAGGCAUCUACAAGUCCUACACAUCCUGCUCAUGCAGAAGAAACAAGAAGUAAAUCUUUUGACUAUGGAUUUCUCUCUGGAGAACGUUCUUCUUCUACUUGGAAGGAAAGAAGGAAAUGCCUCUUGGUGAAGCAUGCAACCCUUGGUGAACCUGAUCAGGAGGAGCCAUCUGCUAAUUUUAAACCUGGUGUUUCAGCUGUGUGUCAGUCCUAUCUUGUUCAUCCUCCCGUCACAGAGUAUAGAAUCAGAGACAGGACCUUUAGGCUUAGCUCAGAGCAUAUAGGGAAAACAAUGCCGUUAAUCCAGUCCCCUCCUUCCCUCCCAUCAACAGCUUUUCCCCUGCCACAAGCAAGCCCAAAUAUUUGUUCCCCAAGUCACUACCCCAAAUUUCUCCCGGUCACUACAGCCAUAUCAGGGGUACUUUCCAAUCAGAUGUUUCAACAAGACUUCAUUCACAGUGAACCACCUCAGCUGCAUCGAAGACCCCCUGAGUAUGUAGAACGUCUGGGCCUUUCCCUUCAACCACUCCCCACUUCAUUUCCCAUACAAUCAAGUGAUGUCCCUCAGGCUGUUUGCUUUUCCAUGCCAGGUGGUUUAGCCAUUCAGGUCCCAUCAGGGCCUCUUUUCAAGGAGUCUAGAGUCUCAUCACCUUCAUCCUUGCAAAGUCCUAGUCAUUCUCAACAACAGAUACUCAUUCCCCACACUCCACGUCCCAUUAUUGCUCCAUGUUUUGAACAGCUUGCCCCAGUGGUGUCUCUGGUAGUCCCUGUGCGUUUACAGACUCACAUUCCUACCUAUGCUAGUGCCAUGUAUACAACCAUCUCACAAAUUUUAGCCACAACACAAGAUCCAGUCUGCUGCACAGCCAUGGUCAUUAUGGGUAAGCUGGAAGAAGACAAGCUUCAAAGAUCUUACCUUAGGCUGCCCUCCCCAAACCCCAAGAGCUAUAUUCCCUUACCACUGCCUCUUGAGUAUGGAGCAGGAACUUCAUCUGAUGACAGCUGUGGGCAGCUUGGUGCUGGAGGAAGCAAGCGAAUGCUGUCACCUGCAGGCAGUCUAGAACUAAGUCUAGAGGCACAGCGACAUCAAAAACGGGUGAAAGAGGAAGAGGAAAAAGAAGAGGAUGACAAGGAAGAUGAAGAUAACGAUAACAAAUGUGAUGAGAAAUCUCAGGAGAGGAAUCAGGGAAAAAAUAAGCAGAGGCUGACAGUGGAGACUUUGGGGAGAGAAAAGGAUGCGAGAGAAGUAACAGAAACAAUAAGCAAACCGGACAUAACAGAGCACAAAACUGAACGCUUGGAGGAGGAAAGGAAAGGAAUAGGACACAAGUGUGUUUCAAGAGUAACAAGUCCAAAGGGAGCCAUGGACCCUUCAUAUCCCACUCUGCAUACUAGUACAUCCGUCAGCUGGUGCUACCUAAACUAUACCAAGCCCAACCCAUCAACACACAGGGAUUCAGCUUCUGUUUAUUCCUCAUGGAGCAUCAGCAUGCAUAACCCCAAUCUACCUGGCUUAUCCACCAAAACCUUACUGUCACUGCUGCACUCCAAGCAAAAACAUAGUGCUGAGACAUACACCAUGGCAACAGCUCCAACACCAAACACUGACAAACUGGAACCUUCUGGCAUCAAGAAGAACAGUGAGUCAGAGGUACAUGCCUCCCCACCCCGAACACCCGUCAAAGUAAAAGAGGAACCACCAGAUGAACAAAGAGAAAAAGACAAAAAGACGGCUGAUGACGUGCCCACAACAUCGACACAGAGUAAAGCAGCACGUAUUUGCAUUUUUGAAGGCGGUUAUAAAUCAAAUGAGGACUAUGUGUAUGUUCGGGGUAGAGGAAGAGGGAAAUAUGUUUGUGGGGAGUGUGGAAUUCGAUGCAAGAAGCCCAGCAUGCUUAAAAAGCACAUUCGUACUCAUACAGACGUCCGUCCCUAUGUAUGUAAGCACUGCAACUUUGCCUUCAAAACCAAAGGGAACCUUACCAAACACAUGAAGUCCAAGGCUCAUGGUAAGAAAUGUCUGGAGAUGGGCGUGUCCGAGUCAUCUGUGGAUGAGUUGGAGACUGACGAAGCAGGGGGCAGCGAGGACCACGUGUGCGAGUCAGAAGAUCCAGACGAUCACCAGUUCUCUGAUAUUGACGAUUCUGAAGCAGAUGAUGACGAUGAAGAUGAAGACGAUGACCCAUCCUCGGCCUGUUCCACUGACACGCGACAAUCCACGGGAGACUUAUCCGAAAGUGGCCAAGGGUCAGAACCCUCUGACCCCAAAGCAAAAGAGGAAUACUCUUCACCCCACAGACCAUGGCCUGGCAUUCGAGCUGCGUCUCCAGGAAGGAAGAAAGCAUCGUUCUCCCGCAAAGGAUGGGAGGUGUCUCCCAGGACCUUUUCUCCUAGCAGUGAGGGCUCACCUCUCAGAAGUUUAUCUCCGAGGCUUGAUUUGUCCUCUCCUAGUCGUCAUCUCUCUCCCUCUCCAGAAAGGGGACCAUCACCCAUCAGGCACCUGUCUCCACUUAGGCCUCUCUCUCCUCUAAGGCCUGUUUCUCCUGCUCGGUUUAGGAGCGCCAGAGCUCUGUCCUCUCCUUCGCCCCUUAAGCCCCAGCAUCGACCACACAGCUCACCCGCAGGACUCCACUGGGAGCCGACCGCACCAUCUAUUGAGAGUCAACGGGGUAAACCAGUUCUUCAUGAGCGUAUGCCCCUAGAUCCUCUCCUGCUUUCCCCAAUCCUACGCUUCCCUCCAAGCGAGAAUCCUGUAACACCUCGGACAGUGGACCGCAUGUUUAGCCACCUUCCCUUACACUCCCAAGAUCAAGCCCGCAUGCCCUAUUACAUGAUUCCGAUAGGGGGCAUACAAAUGGUGCAGCUCAGACCCAGAUCUCGCCCUAAACUGGAACGACAGUCAUCUUCCACCCCAUCACCCACCUCUCCCAAAGAAGACUCCCCGUUUUCGCCGGUGAGGAGAGAUUUCCCAUGGAUCUCGAUUCCAGAUAUAACUCCGCAAAGAACUCUGGACAGCAGGGCGCAAAGCCGAGAUGACGGAGAUAGCCGGUCUGACCUGUCUUGUCCUAGCACAAGCUCAACAGUACCCAAACCUUCCCCUCUACAGGAGGCUGCAGAGGAGCAACAAACUGCAAAGGUCAGAAAGCAAUACGCUACUAAGACUCCAGAAAAAUCCAGAAGUGCUGCUUCGGACGGCGAUAAAAAGAUCUCGCAGAGCGAAGGAGCGAGUUCGUCGCAAGAAACUAGAUGGCUGCAUGAGAUGGAAAAGCCUCUCAGGGGACGUGACUCUACUUCAGACGGAUGUUUAGGACAGCAAUCCGGCACGGCUACUCCGAGCCAGGAAGGGGAUCCAGACAGCACUUAAAAUCCUCUGUGCACAAUGACGAAUUGCUUUUUACUGCUAAUACUACUAUUGUUUUUCGUUUUGUAAUGCGCUUAUUUUUUAUAUACAAAUUUUCAAUACUAUUGGUAACUUGGUAAAUGUUUGUUCUGCAAUAUACAAGAUUGUAAUAUGAUGCACUUUUCUUGGUAAACAAAAAAUAUUUCUGUAAAUCAAUUAUAUCUGUCCCUCCUGUAUCUUAAUAUAUCUGUUUGAAUAUAUGUAUAUGUACAAAAAACACUUAAGUAUGGCUAUGAAUACGUUUCUAAAUGACCAAGAUUUACAAGUAAUUCCCAAAUUUUGUCUCUUGUCCAGUAUUGCGCAAGUUAUAGUGCUGUGUGCCUUUUUCAGUCCAGAUUUACUGCUUGAAGUGUCAACUAAGAUAAAAGGCUGUGAAUUUGUUUUUUAUUAAUGCGUUUUUUGUGUUUCAAUUGAACCAGGAGGUGUUUUUACUUUACUUUUCUUUGAACAGCAGGGUAAACGAGACGAGAAGACAAAGAGAUGAAGGCUUUACGAAAAGCCUCGCAGGAGAGUUGCACUGAAGUCAUAUUUUUUUAUAAUACAAGUAGAUAAAUUGUCUCUGUACAGAUAGAAAGUCUAUGGUCCAUAUUUAUUGUUAUGUGAAAAUAUGAAAAUUUAUUUACUUUGGUUCUCAAAGGGAUUUCUAUAUUGUUCGUUUUUAUUCUUUACAAUUUAUGUUAAGUUGCUUUAUUUGUUAAGACUUGAAAUGAAAAAAACUGGACAGGUUUUCAGUGAAGUCAAUAGCCAAGUUCUGGACGGAUCAAAUGCCCUUCAAAUUUGUCACGGAAAUUCGAAUGUCUGAUCCAAUAAAGGUACACCA